UAUCGCAAAUUCAGAUUUUAAAAGGCUACACUCCGGAAUGGAGCUGUGGAAAAGGAUGUAGUCGAUUGCAACAUAGUUCUGCAAUCACGCAUGCAGAGGGAAUGUCUCAUCAGAAGGCUUUUGAGAUUUUUAUGAAAACGAGAGGCAUGAAUUUGUGCGAUCGAAUUGAAAAACUAAACGAGUUGCAGCAGGAAAUGCGGCAAACAGACAUUUUAUCCGGUAUUCAAACCAUGAAUAGUAAAGACUUGGAUUUGACAAAAAAAAAAUUUGAGGUCGCUUACUUUAUAGCAAAAGAAGAACUAUCGCUUUGCCUAUACCCAAAAAUAAUUCAAUUAGAAGAGAAACAUGGUGUAGUUUUUGGUCAGGCUUAUAAAAACGAAAACACAUGUGGAGUAUUUAUUGACUACAUUGCUCUUAGUUUAGCGAUAGAUCUCAAAAAUAAACUAAAUACUCGAAAUUUUUUCACUAUUUUAAUUGACGGUUCUAACGACGUUUCAAUUAAGGAAAAAGAAGCUAUAUUUGCCGUUACUUUUAAUCCGGCUCCAACUGGAAAAUCUGAAGUAAACGUUGAAUGUGAUUUUCUUUCACUUUUGGAUGUUGAGUAUGGAACUUCGCACGGAGUUUUCAACACCAUAAAAAAGUCACUCGAGAAUAUAGAAGUCGUAAAUUGCAAUAAAAAACUAGUUGGAUUUGGUGCGGAUGGCGCAUCCGUUAACAGAGGGAGCAAGUCGGGCGUUAAAAUGUUGCUCAAGGCUGAAGUCCCUUGGAUCACGUUUGGCUGGUGUGUAGCACAUCGUCUCGAGUUAUCAUUAAAAGAAAAAUUAGGAAAAACAGCCUCAUUCAAUGACGUUGAUUACAUGAUUUUAAAAAUGCAUUACAUUUACAAAAAAUCCCCCAAAAAGUUAAGACAGUUGGGUGAACUCGUUUCUAUUUUAGAAGAUGAUGAAUAUAACAUUGGUGGUUACCGACCUAAGAAAGCCUCCGGUACACGAUGGAUUUCACAUAAAGUUCAGGCUUUAGAAAUGAUUUUAGAUAAAUAAGGUGUUUAUUUAACACAUCUGGAAAAUAUGACUGAAGAUAUAACAUUUACCAAUGCUUAAAGAGCUAAGUUUAAAGGAUACCACAAAAAGUGGAUUCAUGCUAGAAUGCCUCUUUAUAUCGCGUUGUUUAUUGAGAUUUUAGCACCAGCAAAGAUGUUGUCAAAAUGUUUUCAAAGUGAUGAGAUAGAUGUGUUGGCUUCAUCAGGGUUUGUUCAACAAGCUAAAAGCCAUUUAAAUCGUAUUCAAAAAACAAAGUUUAUUAAUUUGCCAACAGUAAAACGUUUUCUCGCCAAAGUGACUGAAAAAGAAGGAAAGUUUUA